ACUGUAAAUAACUUAUAGAAAGAACUCUUUAACGUUUUCCAUAAAUUACUUCCUUUCAGCCAUCUUAAAAAUACUGUUUGCGUAGUGAAUUUUUCUCUCCAAUCUAAUCGCAAAAAUGGUAAUUCGUUGCGAUUUGGCCAUUGGCCUGAAGAAGGGUCAUAAAGUUACGAAAUUACCUGGUCGAAAAUUGAAACCUUCCAGACGAAAGGAUAGGUCAUCUAAGCACAUGAAAUUUGUCAGAGAUCUUGUCCGUGAAGUUGUGGGAUUCUCUCCAUAUGAAAAAAGAUGUCAAGAAUUGUUGAGAAUUUCAAAAGACAAAAGAGCUCUAAAAUUCUGUAAGAAAAGGCUUGGAACACAUUUACGUGCCAAAGCCAAACGUGAAGAAAUGCAAAUUAUGUUGCAGAAAAUGAGAAAAGCACAGCAACAAGCAGCAGCCGCAGCAGCAUCAUCACAUAAAUAAUUCUAUAAAAAAAAGUGGAAUAAAAUAUGAAAAUAUAAGACUGUAA